AAAAUUGUUUCUGCAAUGGAGUCGAAGUUUAUCUUAUCGUGUUAUUUUGAUAUCUCCGUGAAAAUUUUACCAAAAACAUGUCAGUUGUCUCACGCUUUUCAAUGUCGCCGUGUUCAUUCCAUAAAAUCCUCAGACGUUUGACAAAAUCCGCUUGAGGUUUGUGCUCAUAAUAAAUACGGUGUCGAUCCUGGAGACAUCUUGUGAUAGAAAAGCAUAUUGCGCGCAGUCAAGAAGUCACUCGCUGUGCGAAUUUUCGUCUUUCACGUGAAUAUCAGUGGUGCUAAAAAGUUUGGCAACCAUGGAUGACGAGUCAUGGGAUGCGGACGAUUUCGUGCCUAAACUUCCGACCACGUUGACCAACUCGAGCAAAUGGGACGGCGAAGAUGAGGAAGAAGAAGUGAAGGAAAGUUGGGAGGAUGAAGAAGAAAAGAAAGAUGAGGAGAAAAAAGACCUGCCCCCUGCCGCGCCCAAGCCCAAGAAAAAGAUCCAAGACAAAAUUGCUGAGAAAGAGCGGCUACAACGAGAAAAAGCUGAAAGGAUGGCGGCAGAGCGAGCCCUGGAGGACAUGACCCCCGAGGAGAAGCUGGCCGAGAAACUGCGCAGGCAGAAACUGCAGGAAGAGUCAGACUUGCGGCUCGCCAUGGAAACAUUUGGCAUCACAGACAACGCGACAGGUAAACUGGACAGCUUCAACCCGACCACCAAGGAGGAGUUUACGGAGUUUGCGGAAGCUCUCAACAAGAAGCUGUCUUUCUUCAAGUCACGCGAGGAGUUCCCCGGCUUCGUGGACGACCUGGUGCGGAAUAUCCUUGUGCAGAUGCACUCUGCAGACAUAAAGAAAGUCAAACUGACAGUGGACAACCUCUACAUCGAGAAACAGAAAGCUGAAAAGAACGACAAAUCCAAGAAACCCAACAAAGGAAAGGGCAAGGCAAAAUUAAAAGUGGAGGGGGACAAUGCCAUCAACCAAUACGACGCGUACGGCGACGCGUACGCCCACGACGACUACGACGACUUUAUGUAAUCACUCCGCCAUGUUUGUACAUUAUGUACCUAUGUACAAUUGUACAUAAGCACCCGGCCGAUACCUGACGUGGCCGCUCUCACAUACCCUGCUCUAUGUAAGAAUGCACAUUACAACAACAGAAAAAUUAAGUUUUCAAAAACCAACCAGCCAGCGCCUCUAGCGGAAAUGAUCGGAAUCGGUGAUAACGUUAACAUUUAACCAACUUCGGAAAAAUUAAGAGGUCUCAAUACGUCUGUACGUAUUUUUGGCUGUCGUAUUAUGUACUGAUUGGUUGGUUUCUAAUGCAUUUUUACGUGAAACAGGCAACGCAACUAAAAUUAGACCGUUGCAACUUUGUUAAGAUAACCCUCCCUUGCUUAUUAAAAUAAAACCUUUGUCGUCAAAACAGUUAAAACCUUAUUCUAGAAUGUUUUGACUAGUUUUUUUAAGUAAUGCGGGGUUUUCAAUCACUAAUGCUCAAUAUGACUCUAUUUAACACAUUGUACUUAGUUAAGUAGGGUUGUUUUAGACCAUUUGGUAAAAUGACAAGACCGAAAACCGCUACAUUCUUAUGUAAUAGGCGCUAAAGUGUAAAAGCUGUAUCAAAUUGAGAGCUGAUACAUUGGUUUACUAAAAAAAUAGUGAUUAAUCCUCAAAGCUUUAGUCGCUAGUUAUUAGAUGUACCAUAAAGUUUCUUGAUUUAACUCAAACGCUAGGUAUAAAUACGUUUUAUUUUAGUUAACUGCAUUAGAUAGACAUCACUGUUUCGACAUAGUUAUAGAGUCCAUAUUAUGCGUGGUGCGAAGCGCCAGGGUGAAUCUUAAAUGCUACAUAAAUCUUUCAAAAGUUGUGUAUGUUCAAUUGUAGGUAUUAUUUGUCCCGAUAUAAAAUUGCUUGUUAAUCGUUACGUCCUCUUUGGCUUUUGCGCCAUAAUAUUAUUGUUUCUACAAUUUGUAGUGAGAUAAAUAUAUUUUCGUAUACUUCUCAUGUGGUUGAGUCCAUUUAUUAUUGAAUGUCAUCGCACAAUGAACGGUCAUUGCUUAUUUUGGUAAGAUUUGAAGGUGAUGUGUGGGCCGUAUGUUUUACAAUCUAACCCAUGUUAUUUUAACUCUUAAAUUAUUAGUUUAUUUGGUAACGUGCCAUCUGAUUAUUCUUGUUAUGUCUGUAAUCCUAUAAAUAUAUUUAGGUACUUAUCUUCUUCAAAUCUAUAUCUGCUAGAUGUUAUUGUAUUUCCCACGUAUUUCAUUCGACCAAAAUGUUUAAAAUUGAUUGAUCAGAUGGCGCGAAACUGUUUGACUUUAGGUUUUAAGUUUCAAUGCACUAGGGGCCAAUUUCUAUGAAACUAAUAGCCAAAAUACGGAUUUGAAAAAGUGCUAUCUAUAGUCUAGACUAGAGCGUGCCUAAUACCUAAAAGGUUUAUGUGUUGACCAUAAUAUUAUGUCCGUGUAUAAACUUGGCCCCUUGAUCUAGUAGUUGUUUUAUGCCAUGAAACAUCAGGUAUCAAGUUAUGGCAAUCGCCAUAUAUAAUGUAUAGCCUAUAUACUUAUUAUACAAUGUAUUAUACAGUCGUUCCCUUCAACUGUUAUGGUCAGGCGUUAUGAUUAUAGAGAAUAAAUUUUUUAUUGUGAUA